CAUUACUUCAUACAUUAUUACACAGAACUGUCUCCGGCACCGGCGGCAUGGAGCACCCCGCCGGAAUGUUGAGUCAGGCAAAGCCAUAUAUUGCAGUGAUUCUUCAGCAGUUCAUCACUGCCGGAAUGGUGGUCAUUUCCAAGUUUGCUCUCAACCAAGGACUCAACCAGCAUGUGUUAGUUGUCUACCGAUACACCAUUGCUACGGUUGUCGUCGCUCCGUUCGCUUUUGUCUUUGAGAGAAAAGUGAGACCGAAGAUGACUUGGUCCAUUUUUGGGAAGGUUGUGUUGCUGGGACUUUUGGAGCCUGCACUAGACCAAAACUUGUAUUAUACGGGCAUGAAAUACACUACAGCAACCUUUGCAUCUGCUAUGACUAAUAUGGUCCCCGGUCUUGUGUUUCUCAUGGCUUGGAUUGUUCGGCUCGAGAAGGUCGACGUAAGACAGUUGUCAAGCCAGGCAAAGAUAUUAGGGACAGUGGUGGCAGUGGGAGGGGCAAUGAUAAUGACUCUAGUAAGAGGACCAAUCCUGAAUCUGCCAUGGACAAAUCACAACCUCCAUGACCAUUCUUCAACUACAGCUAACCAGCAAGAUCUUCUCAAGGGUUCUCUCAUGAUCACUAUUGGCUGUAUUCUUUGGUCUGUUUUCAAUGUUCUUCAGGCAAUUACAGUAAAAGUAUACCCAGCACAACUCUCCUUAACAGCUUUGAUAUGCUUCACCGGCGCCAUACAAGCCUCAGUGAUAGCUUUCUCAAUGGAAGGGCACAAACCUGCUGCCUGGUCAUUACAUUUAGAUUCAACCCUCUUAGCUCCUCUGUACAGUGGAAUCAUGUCUUCUGGGGUUUCAUAUACUAUCCAAGCAACGGUAAUGAAAACGAAAGGGCCAGUUUUCGCAAGUACAUUUAGUCCCCUGAGCAUGAUUAUUGUUGCAAUCAUUAGUUCAUUUGCAUUAUCCGAGAUAUUAUACUUCGGAAGGGUCAUUGGAGCAGCAGUAAUUAUUACAGGUCUUUAUUUGGUUCUGUGGGGUAAAAUCAAGGAUCAGGCUCUAUACAAGUUAGAUAGUGAGAAGAUGGCCCCAUCAGAUCAGAAACUGACUGCCAUAACUGACAAACCUAAGACUUCAGAUAAAGAACUAGAAGUUGAUCUUGCUAGGAUAAAAACCGUGGAUGAUUCUGUUUGAUGUGAGCAUCAAGGACCAAUCAUCAAAACUUUUAUACAGCCAUAUGAUGGGGUUAGGAAAUGGUCCAUGCAGCCAAUUCUAUCUGCUUAUGUUUUAUUUGGGUGAAAGGAUAUCUAUUAUGCUAGUGUAUAAAUUAGUCAAAUUGUAAGGUAGACCCAGGGUCCAACUAUUCUGAAAUGGACAACUCCUGAUUCUUCAUUGAUAAUAUAUUUGAGCUAAACCCCAAAA